GGAAACCCUAAAAAUGUCGAGACCCCAAACCCUUUAUAAGCUUCGUCGCCGACUCUCUCUCUCUCUCUCUCUCUCUCCCUCGUCUCCUCCUCUUCGAUCCGAGCCCGCGCGAACGCUCCGAAACGAGAGGGGGAGAUGGCGACAGAGGAAGCAAAACCGGCAGUGAUCCCGGAGUCGGUGCUGAAGAAGAGGAAGAGGGAGGAGCAAUGGGCUCUGGCGAAGAAGGAGGCGCUUGACACAAAGAAGAAGGCAGAGGGGGAGAAGCGGAAGCUUAUUUUCAGCAGAGCGCAGCAAUACGCGAAGGAGUAUGAAUCCCAGGAGAAGGAAUUGAUCCGUUUGAAGCGAGAGGCGAGGUUGAAGGGUGGAUUUUAUGUUUGCCCUGAGGCGAAGCUAUUGUUCAUUGUCCGUAUCAGAGGUAUCAAUGCCAUGCACCCUAAGACUAGAAAGAUCUUGCAGCUAUUACGCCUGAGACAGAUCUUUAACGGGGUCUUCCUCAAAGUCAACAAGGCCACAAUGAACAUGUUACGAAGAGUCGAGCCUUAUGUAACUUAUGGAUACCCUAACCUGAAGAGUGUUAGGGAGUUGAUUUACAAGAGGGGCUAUGGAAAACUUAACAAGCAAAGGGUUCCUCUGUCUGACAACUCCGUCAUCGAACAGGGUUUGGGGAAGGACGGUAUUAUUUGCAUCGAGGAUCUCGUUCACGAAAUCAUGACUGUCGGGCCGCACUUCAAGGAGGCGAACAACUUCCUUUGGCCCUUCAAGCUGAAGGCGCCGUUGGGCGGGUUGGAGAAGAAGAGGAAUCACUACGUCGAAGGCGGCGACGCCGGAAACCGCGAGGAUUACAUCAACGAGCUCAUUAGGCGGAUGAAUUAAUCCAGAUUGCUGUGGCAUCUUUAGUGCUUGUUCUUGGGAGGGGUUUUUUUUUUAUUUUUUUAUUUAAUCUUGGAAUUGGAAUUAGACCUUUGCUACAUUUGCAGGUAGAGAACAUGAACAAUCUGCGAUUUUGCUGUUUUAGCAUCAACUAUUGGACAUGUUGUGGUCGCAGAAUGCUUCUGCUGCUACAUCUAUUUAUAUAUGCAUUUUAUUUCA